AUGAUCUUGGCACCUUUUCUGUCAAGGUUCAUGUGCAUGUGUGCUGGUUAUGGAGCUCCAGCGGAAACACCAGUGGACAAGCAAGUUCCACCUGCAAAGGCAAAGACAGGCCUCUCCGACCCAAAGGCACCGACGUUGCUUCAGAAGCAGAGCCGUCGAGAGGUCCACAUUGACAAGACAACAACGAUCCCCUUGGAACUGUAUUGGGAGUUGAUCAGAGCCGGCGAGCGUGCCAAAGAGAGAGGCCAGCAUCAGCUGACCAAGGGCACCAGGCACGUUGGCAUGCACCUCAUCAUGAGCACCUGA